GAGCCCUACAAAACAGAUCUCUUUCAUCCCCGGCCACAAGAAAGAAAUCCAAAACCCGAUGAAGUAGCGCACCAGGUCAAACAACCGAAAACCGUCUCGCCAGCCCAGCCCUGUAUAAAGAGCAAGACCCGGCAAACUUGUCUCCCAAACCAACAAUCCCCAUCCCCAAGAAAUUAAACCUCAACAAACCCCUCCCAUGUCCGACCACCACCUCGCCGGCGACCACCACUCCUCGCCGGCGACCACCGCCACCACGGCCCUCGGAACCCUGCUGCUCCUCCCAUCAGAGCUCCUCCACGAGAUCCUCAUCCGCCUCGCGCUCCCGGAGCUGCUCCGCGUCCGCUCCGUCGCCCGUCCCCUGUCCCACCUCAUCUCCUCCCCGGACUUCCGCCGCUUCUACCACCUGUCCUCCGUCUCGUCCGGCCCCGCCCCGGCCGCCGCGUGGCUCCUCGUGUUCAAGAAGCUCCCACCCCGCGGCGCCGCGCUACGGGGCUUCCACGGGCCGUCCGGCCGCUGGUUCCGCAUCGCCGUCUCGGACAUCAUCUCCCCCGCCGUGCCCCCGGGGGAGGACCUCUACUUCCUCGCCGCCUCCGGCAGCUCCUUCCUGUUCGCCGCCAACGGCCGCCGCGAGCUCGUGGUGGUUGACCUCUCGGCCCAGUCGGCCCGGCGGCUCCCGCCGUCCCCGCUCGGCCCCCGCGGCACCUCGUCCUGGCGUCGCUUCGGCCUCAAGCUCGUGGCCGAUCCCCCCGGAUCAAGCCAGUUUAGGUUUCUCUUCGCCGAGCUGGUGAACAACACGCCCUUCCUCUUCGAGUACCAGUCUGACACAGACGCGUGGCAAUCAUCGGAGGCGGUGCUGGCAAAUGGUCCCGCCGCACCGGCAGGUCCCGACGGCACGUACCUGUGCGCUGCCCACGCCGGGCCGGACUGCGUGAUGGUGUACUCAGGCCCCGGCGUGGAGAGGCCGGUCUUCUUCCGGCCGCGGUUCCCGCACAACCCGAACGCCGGUGGCCACGGCGACCGGCUCCACGUGUAUGGCGACGGGAGCGCCGUGGUGGUCCGAUCGACGGUGGUGGACGAGCCGAGCCGAACCCGGGUGAAGGUGGUGGCGGGCGUGGACCUGUACGGGCUCGGGCCGGAGGUGGGCGGCGACUGGCAGCUGGUGUCCACCGUGCCGGGCGAGCUGAUCGAAGGGUUCAGGAAGCCGUACGCCGUGAUGACGGGGCUGCUGGCGGAGAGGGAGGGCGCCAUCAGGCUGGUGCUCAUCUCCAACUGCAGGGGUGCGUGGGACCUGGUGUGGCUGUCGUACGACCGCGCGCGCGGAGAGUGGAGGUGGGUGCCGGUGCCGGACUGGGGCGGCGCCAAGGGCCUCAACAUGGCCGGCAUCGCCGUGUCGUCCACCUUCUCCCGUCUCUGGCCGCCGGCGCCAACCAUCUGCCGCUGAAGCGAACCGUGUCAUGUCUUGCCCGUACGUGUUGCUUGUGUCUGUACGUACGUACAGUGGGCAAGGUAGCGUGGGGGAUUAUCGUUCUUGGUUCUUGGGAGAGGUGUUUGGCCAGACGUGGCAACAAAGGCCCCCACCAUCAUCCGAGUGGUACCUCCUCUCCUCUGUUCUCCCCUCCAUGCCGCUGGGGCCAACGCACAGUGCGACAUGAUCCUGUGUGAUAGGUUGGUCGAUGCGGACAAGUGAUGGCGUGAGUGUGUGUCUGUUAGAUAAGGAGCGGUGUGUCCGUGUGUGUGCGCUUUUAUCCUUGUACCGGUGCUCCCCGCCCUUCUUCAUAAAUCCGGUAUGUGCUUUCUCAAGAAACAAAAAUACGGUAUUACCUAGAAAAUAGUGUAUCUCUUCUCGUUCUCAUCUGUGAACCAAGAGACAACUACAGUUUUGCUAUGCUACUAUCAGUUACUGCCUGUCAA